AUGCGAAAGAGCCACUCGCUCCCCACCAUCAAGCGACAGCCACUUUGUCCGCCAGGGCGGCCAGCUGGGGUGUGGCCACAGGACGUCCUCUUUAGCGAGUACAAAGCACCUUCUUUGAGGUGGGAGAACCCCAACGAGAAGCUUCUAAGCUUGCACGCUUACCAGGAGCGAUCAACCUGGGCCAACGAUGCCUUCGAUAUUCACAGGCCCUUGCACCAGCGCCUGGAGCGGCGGAAGCCAGACAAGGUUUGGCGCCUGACUGAUGCUGGGACGAAGUUCUCCUACAACUCGCAGGUGAGUUUGGCUAAGGAUGCCUCGGCGAGUGGCGACCGGCUAAUCACUGCGCGCCGCCCUGGCGCAACAGCGCCGGGCAGCGACCAUGACGCCAUGCGGCCACAGAGGGUGGAUGUCUUCGGCGCAGUUCAGGCCGCCUGUGGUGCGGAUCACUCCCUCAUCCUCACGGAGGACGGCAGCAUCUGGGCUUGUGGAAGAGGCACGGAGGGGCAGCUCGGCAUCGAGCUCUCUGAGUUCGACCGGGCUCUGAGUCCGCUCUGCGCUGUGUCUCAAGGCGCGUGCCACGUCGCUGCGGGAGCCGACCACUCCGUCUACCUUGACAGCUAUGGUCGUGCCUUUGCCUUCGGCGAGAACUGCAAAGGCCAACUUGGCAUCGGCACCUGUGAAUCCGUCUCCAGCCCUGCUAUGGUCGCAGUGCCUGCUGGUACGUUGGUCGUCGAUGUGGAUUGUGGCGGGACUCACACCCUCCUCCUCACGGACGACCUGCGCGUCCUGGGAUGUGGAGGCAACGAGAAGGGGCAGCUGGGCCUUGGCUCGAAGAGAGAUCGCUUGGUUCCAGAGCCCGUUGUCCUUCACCCAACGCGGCCCUCGCGUGCCGACCGCAUUAGCUGUGGUUUCAGCCACUCGGUGGUGCUUUGGCACGGCAGCGUUUGGGUUCUUGGCGGCCAGGCGCCGAAGGAGGUAGGAGAGGCUGGCGGCUGGAUGAAGCAGCACUCGCUCGUGCUCGGCGCCUUGCUUCUCCUCCAGACCGUCACCGCGCGACUCAUGGAGGUGGAACUCGGACGUGUGCACAUGACCGUCAAGGUGGGUGAGGACAAGGUGCUCUACAAGCCCAAGGAGGGAGUUAUGUCAGCAUCCUACCCGGUCUACGAGUUCGACCGCAAAGAGUGGGACGAGACCGUGGGCCAUGCCGUUGACGGCACCGUCAUCGCGUAUGAGGAGCUGGCGAGCUCUACAUCCACCUCGAAAGUUGAUGACAGCCUUCCUCAUCCAGAGGGCGGCUUCAAGCAUCCAUACCACAAGUGCCACAUCACGAAGGUAACCAAGCCUGAUCUGUCAAAGACUAAGAAGGGCUGA